GCUUUAUUCAACUUUAGAAACUGUGCGCUCUUGCGGCGGGGAGGACACGCAGUCGUUUCCUUUCCGUGUUUCACAGCAGUCAGGAAAAGAAUUUCAGACAAAACGCACUAAAAACAGCGUCUCGCUCUCCUUGCUAGGGCCUUCGAUUGUCGCUUAUAUUUAGAGUUUGGGCUGCAGUCUCGUCCUCCAGGUUGUUGAGUCUCGCAGUUCAUGAAAAAUAUCACUUGUCAUCUGGAAAGGUUUGCAAAACGCAGAAAUUCAAACUUCUUAACAUUAUCGGUGUCACGAUUGAGUGUCCGUGGAGGUGGAAACUGCUUCGGGUUUUGAAUCGGCACGACUGCUUGCUUCAGACUAGAAAGUGAACGAGCUAGUGUGUGCAUGUUCUUCGUAGUUUCAAAGUUUCGGACAAGUGAGAGUUAGAGAUUGAGAGGCACGCUUUCGACACCCCACGAAGGUUUUGUUUAGUUUAGUUUUGUUUUGUUUUUUUCCUGGUCUGUGCACAGUUUGCUGCGAGAUUCACCUUCGCCGAUCAGGUUGUUUGGUUCUAUCAUUCCGGCCGAUCACUGGGAUUCGGGGACGGUCUUUAGUAUAUUGGAAGAAUUUCUUCAGCGACGACCCAGGGAUCCACAUAGUGUGUUUCGCCAGUUUGUGCUCCUGUAGCCGAAAAUUUCCCAGCUUCAGACCUAGGUGUUCGUUUGAGUUUCCCAGCUUGUGGUCUUACCACAGUUUCGUGCAGAUCGCGGACCGUUUUUUUCAACAUUUUUGGAGUAACUCGGUGGCUAGGUUAUUUCGCUAUGAAAGAGGCCAGGAAGCUGGAUGUGGUGCUGCAUUCUGCGACAGGUCUGAAGAAAGUAAGCGCGAGCAAGAUGUCUGUGUACGCGGUGGCGUGGAUUGAACCGAGUGUUCGAGUGCCAUCUCCGAUGCACUUGAAGGCCCAUGGCACUAACCCCGUUUGGAAUACCACCAUCUCCAUGUCGUUGGACCUCCGGACCCUCGGACACGGCAUGUACCUGAACAUCGAGUUGCUGGGCCAUGGGUUGGUUUCCACAAGGCGUAUAGGGUUCGUCAGCGUAAACCUCAGCGAUAUCUUUCUCGAAGGGUCUAAGGGAGCCGCAGUUUACAGUCAGUUUCACGCUCUCCCGGUCAGAAGGCCUUCCGGACGGCAGCAAGGGUUUCUGAACUUUGUCGUUCACUUGCACGAGUCACUGAACCUGCUUGCAAUCCAGGAAAUGAUCCCUCGAAAGGAGAACAUUCCUCAAAGCUUGACCGUGGCGCCGCCCACGAAACCCCAAGAAUUUGCACCUCGGCAUCACCAGCCAGAUGGUAUCAUCUCACCAUCCAGUAGCUCAGAAGAGGGUGGAGAAUUUCAGAAGGUUCCUACGAGAAAUCGGGUGUAUGCCCUUAGACCGAAGUCUUUCACCAGUCUUCUCUCUUGUCAUUGACGCGCUUUGAGGCAAUUGUUGAUAGCUAUGUAAGCAAAUGCUAGUGUAUAUAAUUUCCUUUGUACAAUACAAUUUUGAACGCUGCAAACCUCCAGCCACUCCACCGCUUCUGUUGAGCACAUUUGGGGCGUUGAGAUUUCAAUUUUUUACUUGAAGCGUUGAACACUUCAUUUCAAUAUAUGAGUUCCAGUCAGAGCUCGUGUGUGAUUCACAA